GUUGGGACUUGAACAACUCCACCUGCCUUUUUUGCGUCACUUUCUUCCGUGUUACAGAAGCCCGCCUGAUUCUCGACGGUCCUUUCUGAAAACUCCGUCUCAUGCGGUCAGUGCAUCUAUAGUAUAAUCAUCUCCAAAAAAUUAAAGAGAAGCCAAGCUCGUUGCAGCGGAAUCGCGCCUAAAUCUGCUCCAAGUAUUACUUUGAGAGCUCUUGCUGUCAGCAAUAUGGAAAAGAAGCAAAAGAUUUUGGAAUCUCGGAAGAGAUUAGACAGUGCACUAUCUUUGCCGGAUCUUGUAAAUAAAGAUUCUAUUGCAUCUCUUGUCAAAGAACAGUUUAUUCAGUCCUCUUUAAGGAGCAAUAGAGAAGAUGUGGGUAAGAUUGUCGAAAACCGCACACUGGAAGUUGAAAAUUUUCUUGAGAUGCUGAGGAGUGCUUCAGGAUCCAGUAGCUCUCAUUCUAAUUUGCAGAAGGAUUGGAAGAUAAAACAAGACACCGAUCAACUUCGUGUUAUGUACUGUGAAGGACCUGAUGGCUCCCCUUUUCAUACUCUACUUGCCGAAGGUUUUGCCGACGGUCCCAUGGAUGUUUGUUUAUGCGUCUCCUGGGAAUCAACUUUAUACAAGAAAUGGUGGCCACAAUAUAAUGUUCCAGCAUUCAAAAUUAUUAUAUCUCAAUGUUUGCAGAAAGUUCGCAUUGGUGAAGAAAUUUCAUUAAUAAGGGUCAAGGUUCCAUGGCCAGUCUCGGAUCGAGAGGCUGUUGUGCAUUACUUUGAAAUCGAGUACUUUGAUGAAGAUCUUGUUCUCGUUCUUGUCAAGACGAUUUCAGACACAGAACAUAUCGAUCCAGAUACAUAUGGUUUCAGUGGGGAUGUAAUCCCUCAAGCUAAAGAUACAAUACGGAUAGAUUUGUUGGGCGGCUUUGUUUUGCAGAAGGUUGAAAGUAAUAGAUGCUAUUUUCGGGCAAUAUUCAAUUUUGAUAUUAAGUUGGACUUCAUUCCUGCAUCACUUAUAAACUUCAUAUCAAGGCAGCUCAUAGGCAACGGACACAAGCUAUAUCAAAAGGCCGUUGGAUCUGUGGCAACCAUCGAUCCAGACUAUCGAUUAGCAUUGCAAGGACCAUUAUACGUUCGAAUUCGUCAACAGCUUCACACAGGCACCACACCCGUGACAUCUUCGGAAGGUCUAGAGAUCCAAAAACCUUCAUUCCUCAACGAAAGCAAAACUGGUGCACCAGGUAAAGAUAAUGCCAUAAAAGCAAGAACUUCGCACCCUGAGAUCACCGAAGAAUAUGCUGAAGGGAAGAUCCAUAUGGCAAAUGGCUCAUCUGGAAAUUUACUUUUAGAUAAACAUAAGAACUCUUCUCAUGAAAAAGCUUCUAUCAGUCCAGAAGUUGAGCAUGCCCUCGGCAUAUUAGAUCAAGUUAUUUCUAUGGUACGACGCCAAUCGAUUGAUCGUAAACCCUCUCCGGUUAGCAACGACUUCCCUGUUUCAGAACUAGCUACCAAGCUUCGCCUUUUCGAUAUUGGAGAUGCGCCAGAAAAUAGCAGCAAUAAGCUUAACUUAAAUGGUACAAGUUCUUCGAUCAUAGAAGCCGGUCAUAAUCAUGCGGCACUUUCAUCGCCAAAGGUGAGAUUUUCAGAUUCGGUUGAAAACUCGAAAACGACGAAAUCUAAAAUUAAUUUUCAUGAGAUUUUACCCUCGAAAACAUUAGAUAGAAUGAUGCAAUUGACACCGGAUGGCACCGGCAAGGUGUGUGAUGAAGAGAGUUUGAAGGCGAAUGAAUUUCAUGGCAGGAGCGGUUCUUUUCAUGGCAAGACAAAGAAGAAGAGGAAGAAGCUUAAUCUCAGUUGUUUGAACCCGCGCUUCCUCCGAGAUUGAGAAGACUGGAGAACAACUGGUUUUCAUUUGUUUUCUGGCUUGAAAAUUUAAUUUUGUUAUGGAUCUCAGUGCAAAACAGAAUCAUAAGCCCACACUGCAAGACUUGCAUGAUUCUAAAGGUUGAGGAAAAAGAACAGGAAAAUUAUGAAUUUCAUCAGUAUCUAAUGGCAAGAAAUAGAAACAAGAUGAGAACAUAAGUAUUUUUUUUUUUUUGUUGAUUUCGGUUAGGCUUUGUAAUUUAAUCAAAUUAUUUUCUAAUUUUCUUUAUACCCCAUUACUACAUAUAUGUGACAACAGGUUCAG